AUGUUGCGCUCGAGUCUGCGUCAUGCCGCGCAGUCUCAUCGACUGCUGCGUUUCACAGGGAGAAAUGCGUCUCCUCAUGCUCAAGCUCUUACUCGUAUCGCUCCUUUUCACAACGAUCUCUCCCGCUUCUCGUCACCUCAUCAGACAUCGUCUUCUUUGACGCUUCCAUUGCUUUCGCAGUACUCAUUACUGCAGUACAAGACUCAAUUGCGUGGAUUUGCUUCGUUACCGACAAAGUCAUCGACAUGUUCAACAAAUGCAUCUCCUACACCUGCUGAAGCAGCUGCGCUCAAGAAGAAAAUUGCGGCUGCACGACGUCGUCGCAGUAAAAUUCGCGUUCAGGAAGAAAUGCUCGAGUCUGCACUGGAAAAAGGCGGCGAACGACGAAUGAUUCGGGUCCAAGAUGUGGAGAAGGAACUGCCAAAGAUGCCGGAACGUGCAGUCUCGCUGCUUAAACGCACACCGCAGCUGACGAUGAAGGGAAUUAAAGCUUUGGCUCAUGCAUUACAAGUUCUAGUGACGGACCCAGCAGCAGUCAAAGUGUGGCUUAUUAAGAUGAAGAGUAAAGUAAAACAUGAGCUGGAUCAUUACUGGCUCGGAACAAAACUGCUGUAUGCAGACGUGUCGACGUCGACGCGUAUCUUGCGUCGUCUAUUGAAAGGCAAUGCACUAUCACGUCGUGAACGCAAGCAACUGCAACGUACAGUGGCAGAUUUACUCCGUCUUGUGCCGUUCGCAUUUUUCGUGGUCGUGCCGUUUAUGGAAUUAUUGCUUCCUGUGGCAUUGAAAAUGUUUCCUAACAUGCUGCCGAGCACGUACAAAGACUCGUUCCAGCGUGAAGAAGACAUGAAACGUCAAUUGCAGCUACGUGUGGCACUGGCUGGUUUUUUGCAGGAUACGGUGAAGGAGAUCAUGCAGGACACACGCGAUACGGAAGGUGUAUCCGAGGAACGCAAAGCUACUGCGAGUGAGGUCAUGAAUUUCGUGGAACGUGCGCAGCGUGGUGAGCCUUUGACAUCGGAAGAAACACUUCAGGUCGCAAAGUUGUUUAAUGAUGAAUUAAUGUUGGACAACAUCUCGAGACCGCAGCUUGUGGGUAUGUGCCGGUUUAUGGGUGUACAGCCGUACGGUAAUGACAACCUACUACGUUUUCAGCUGCGUAACCGUAUUCGUCAGCUGAAAAAGGACGACCAGGACAUUAUUUGGGAAGGUCUCGACUCGCUUGACAAGGAGGAGCUGCAAAUGGCCUGUAUGGAGCGCGGCAUGCGCGCGACGGGACUGACCAAGGCUGGCUACGUUCGUCAAAUGCGCCAGUGGCUUGACCUGUCUAUAAAUAAGAACGUGCCGGCGUCACUGCUCAUCAUGUCACGGGCGCUGAACAUUACUGCUACAGACAACUUGGAAGAGGCGCUUGCUACUUCAAUGUCAUCCAUGGAUGAGGAGGUGGUGACUGAAGUGGCUUUGGCGGCAAAUGCGUCCAAGGAGGGAGAAACGGCUGAUAUGCGUAAGCUGAAGCUCGACAGUAUUCGGUAUCAGAAUGAGAUGAUUGCGGACGAAGAGAAGUUCCGUGAUGAGGCUCAGAAGAAGGAUAGCGAGGCUCAGAAACAGGCUGAGAGCGAGACUGCUGCAACUCAGGCUGCCGCUGACAAACAGACUGAUGUAGAGCAAGUGAUAACUGAUGUAAUUAUGGAGAGGGCUCAUGCCCAACCGGCUCCAACAGCUUCGGCUUUCUCUGAGACCAAGUUUGACGAGGAAACACCAAUGGUGCCCAAGAGUAUCGAGAAUAUCGUGAGUUUAGAGGAGCUAAGUGCUCUUGAGUCGCUUGCGUUUAAGUCGCUGGUAGAGAAAGAGCGUCAAACAGUGAGCCAGCUGAAGCAGACGAAGCAUGAUAUGGACGUUGAGGGGCUGUUGGCGGCUGGCCGUAUUGGUGCGCAGGCUACGGAGAACAGAACCGCUGGCCGCAUGAUGAAAAAGCUUGAGUCCAUGCUGUCCAACCUCGAGGUGGAAAUUGAGGAGGUUGACCGUCACGUUGGUGACCGUUUGAAUAUUCUUGAUCGCGAUAGCGAUGGUGUGCUGUCAGCCGAGGAGCUGCGUGAUGCUGUUAUGACGAUCCUGCGCAAGGCCAAUAUUCAGGAGGAUGUGGAAUGGGUCAUUUCGCAGAUUGAUGAAGAUAAUGACGGCAAAAUCGCUCUGGAGGAGCUGGUUGCCUGGAUUGCAAAGUGUCGCGAAAGUCUAGAAGCUACGGGCCGCAUUGCUUUGCAGGAACCGACGGACGCAAGCUCCGAAGCCGCUGCUGCAGCAGAAGCCGAGAAGGUAAAGGCAGAUAAGGCAGGGAAGGCGAAGGUCAAACGGGCGAACAGCCGUAAGAAGAAGGACUAG